CAUUUUAAAACUCGCUCUUUAUCAGAGAAUCCUGCCCUUAACUCCUAUAAAUUCAAUCCUUUUGCAAGCUCACUUCGCUGUGUCCUGAGAAGAGACAAAGAUGAAGUGUUUUGUGGUGUCUCUGCUCUUGCUGAGCUGCUUCACCACUGUUUUUGGUGAAGAGGCUGAGGCUAUCAUCGAUGGUGCGCUUCCACCGCACCACCGUGGUGGCUCUUACCCCCCGGUAGAAGCCCCCGCUCCCAGUCACCACCACCACCACCACCACCAUCACCAUCACCAACCCCCUACUCACCCUCCUGUUCACCCUCCCACUCACCCACCGCAUCACCCUCCCGCUCAUUAUCCUCCCAGCCCCCCUCCGAUGCACCCACCAGUUCAUGUUCCAAGCCACCCCCCAACUCACCCACCAGUUCAUGUUCCUAGCCACCCUCCGACUCACCCACCAGUUCAUCCUCCUAUGCACCCUCCAACUCGCCCACCAGUUCAUGCUCCUGGCCAUCCCCCCGCACACCCGCCAAUUCAUUUCCCCCCUAGGAGUCUUGUGGCCGUGCAAGGUGUUGUUUACUGCAAGCCCUGCAAGUAUAGAGGGAUUGCUACCCUUUUGGGAGCUUCACCACUUUUGGGUGCCACUGUGAAACUACAAUGCAACAACACCAAGUACCCACUCGUCGUACUAGGCAAAACAGACAAAAAUGGCUACUUCUUCAUCCAAGCGCCAAAGAAGAUAACCACGUAUGGAGCCCACAAGUGCAAGGUGUCUCUAGUUUCAUCAUCCUCGCCUACAUGCAACCUAGCAACUGAUCUUCACUUCGGAUUGAAGGGUGCGAUUCUGAGGCCCGAGAAGCCUCCUGCUGGGCUCCCACCCCCUCCAUAUGUUACCUUCUCAGUCGGACCUUUUGCCUUUGAGCCUGCCAAAAAAGUCGAGUGCCCCCGCUGAUCAUCUGAAGUCUUGUCUUCACUUUGUGCUACAGCUUUCUAGGGUUUCGUAGUGCCGUAAAUUUGGGUUUUCCCACUGCAUGCGUUGUAUUGUACUGUAGAGGUCUGCGUGACAAUAAAUCUUAUCUCUCUACAUGUUAUAUCAAUAAAUAAAUUAUCUUUCUUCUUUUUAA